AUGUCUGCCAUGCCUAUCAUUUAUACUUCGCAAAAGAGUGCUUGGAUGGAUAGUACAAUUUUCGUGGAAUGGUUUACAGAAACUUUUAUAUCCUCUGUAAAAGCCCACCAAUCGAAAAAUGGUAAAAGAAAGAAAACAUUAUUGCCUCUUGAUAACGACCCAACUCAUUCAUCAUGUGACAUCCUAAAUGAAAAAGACGAGUUUAUAAAAGUCAUGUUUCUUCCACCUAACGUGACUUCAUUAUUACAGCCCAUGGAUCAAGGCGUUAUUGAGACUUUCAAACGGUAUUAUAGAAAAGAAUUGUUACCUCAAAAUUGGUUGGCAAAGGCAUUAAAACCAUUUGCCGAAGGAGAAUUUAUCAAGGAGUGUAUGUUAGAAGUUUGCGGUGUUUUGUGUCCUGAAAAGAAAAAUGAAUUUGAAAAAAUUAGUUUGUCAAGACGAACUGUUGUUCGACGUAUAGAAAUGAUAGCUAAUGAUAUAAAAACAACAUUGACUGACCGUAUGGCUGGUUUUGAAUCAUUUUCCAUAGCAUUAGACGAGAGCACCGAUUUGUCUGACAAAGCUCAACUGGCUGUAUUUAUUCGAGGUAUUGAUAAGGAGUUCACUGUUACUGAGGAAUUGCUAACUUUACAGCCGCUAAAAGCAACCACUACAGGAGAGGAUAUUUUUAAUGAAGUUCAAAAGUUUUGGCCUACCAUGGUCAAAAUUAAUUGGAGUAUGAACUGA